AUGCAGGCUCUCCGCACUCGAACCGCCUGCAUCGCUCGCCAGACGAAAACGCCUACGGCCCUCCGCCAGCCCCGCCGCUUCGCUUCCGACCACCACCACCAUGCUGAGCCCGUGAACGAGCCCAUCGGCAAGGGCUUCUGGGUCAGCCUCGCCGUCAUCCCCACGAGCUUCAUAGUCUACUCCAUCUCCCAGCCCGGCAAGGACGGCCAGGACCCGUGGCUCACCCGCAAGAUUCACUCCUACUGGUCCUGGCAGAGCGCCUGGGAGGAGCGCAACCACCUGCACACCAAGGCGGUUGAGCAGGCCGGUUUCGACCGCGCCCUCUUCUUCUACGCCGAGCCCAACAGGGAUGUCGAUGUCCGGUUCCCCGAGGCCCUCCAAAACUCGGCCGCGCGCAACGUCGUCGCCGGCUCGCAGACCAACCUCGACCACGUCGUCGCCCACUACCAGAAGAAGCACAUCGAGGACGAGGAGCGCAAGGCGAGGAAGCUGGCGGCGGAGCAGCAGUAA